UGUUCAUUCUUUUCAUCUCCCCAACCAUAUCUCUCUCUCCGGCUCCGUGUCAUAUCCAUUUCAUUUCAUUUCUCCAUUAGAUUUCUUGGUGGAAGCAAAUUUGUUUAGAAAAUCUUUCAUUUUUUUAGUUUAUUUUCCAGGAAAAAAAAAAGGAAAAUAAAAGGGGAACAAGUGGUUGUUCUGUUUCGGACAUUGAAGUUCAUGAGAAAACAAACGAGUUUGUGUUUUCAUGCAAAAUGUUCAUGACUUGACACAAGGCUCCACUUUCAUGGGUUUCUCUUACUUAAUCUGACCCGAAGAUUUCUCUGCUUCUCACUCUUCAAACUUCAAAGUUCACACCUUUUAUAUUUGCUCGACAAACCCUUUUUCUCCGGUCUCCAAUUUUUUUUUGUCCUACAAAAAAAUCCUCUUUUUUUUUGGGGGUGUUUGAUACGAUGGAGAUAGAGCCAACCAGGCCAGUUCCCGCCACGGCGGCUCCCACCGGCGGCGGAGGAAACUUUCCGGCGGGCGGUCUGAGCCCACUGAGCGAGGCUAUAUGGAGAGAGAAGACUCAGACGGAGUUCGUCGGAGAUGUGUCGGCGAGGUUGACGUGGCAGGACUUGACGGUGAUGGUGACGUUGGGAAACGGCGAGACUCAGAACGUUCUAGAAGGUUUGACCGGUUACGCCGAACCGGGGACGUUAACGGCGUUAAUGGGUCCCUCAGGUUCCGGCAAGUCCACUCUCCUCGACGCUCUCGCCAGCCGUCUCGCCGCCAACGCCUUCCUCUCCGGCACCGUUCUCCUCAACGGCCGCAAAACCAAGCUCUCCUUUGGAACAGCUGCCUAUGUGACGCAAGAUGAUAACUUGAUCGGUACAUUAACCGUGAGAGAGACGAUCUGGUACUCUGCGAGGCUGCGUCUUCCGGACAAGAUGUCGCGGUCGGAGAAACGUGCAUUGGUCGAGAGCACCAUAACAGAGAUGGGUCUGCAAGAUUGUGCAGACACUGCCAUUGGAAACUGGCAUUUGCGUGGAGUAAGUGGUGGCGAGAAGCGUAGAGUCAGCAUAGCCCUCGAGAUCCUCAUGAGACCUCGGCUUCUCUUUCUGGACGAGCCCACGAGUGGCCUUGACAGUGCAUCUGCGUUCUUCGUGACUCAAACACUGCGUGGCCUAUCACGAGAUGGGAGGACUGUGAUAGCUUCAAUCCAUCAGCCGAGCAGUGAAGUGUUCGAGCUGUUUGAUCGGUUGUAUUUGCUUUCUGGAGGCAAAACAGUUUACUUUGGCCAUGCUUCCGAGGCAUAUGAGUUCUUUGCACAAGCCGGGUUUCCAUGUCCUGCUUUAAGGAACCCAUCUGAUCAUUUCCUGAGAUGCAUAAACUCCGACUUCGACAAAGUUAAAGCUACCCUGAAAGGCUCCAUGAAAUUAAGGUUCGAGGCAAGCGAGGACCCGUUGGAUAAGAUUACCACAACUGAAGCUAUUCGACUUCUCAUAGAUUAUUACCACACUUCUGAAUACUACUACUCCACUAAAGCCAAGGUCGAGGAGAUAUCCCAAGUUAAAGGGACGAUUCUUGAUUCGGGGGGCAGCCAGGCUAGUUUCUGGAUGCAGGCAUACACGUUAACCAAGCGUUCUUUCAUUAACAUGUCAAGGGACUUUGGAUAUUACUGGCUGAGACUUGUUAUUUACAUCUUGGUCACGCUUUGCAUCGGAACAAUCUAUCUGAAUAUCGGGACUAGCUAUGGCGCCAUUCUGGCACGAGGUUCUUGCGCGUCUUUUGUCUUCGGUUUUGUGACAUUCAUGUCAAUUGGCGGGUUUCCUUCCUUUGUUGAAGACAUGAAGGUCUUCCAACGAGAGAGACUAAACGGGCACUAUGGAGUAUUUUCCUUUGUGUUAGCCAACACAUUAUCCGGAAUGCCAUUCCUGAUAAUGAUAACUUUCAUCUCUGGGACAAUCUGCUACUUCAUGGUUGGGCUGCACUCGGGAUUCACACACUACUUGUUCUUUGUUCUUUGCCUCUACGCAAGUGUCACCGUUGUGGAGAGCUUGAUGAUGGCUAUAGCCAGUGUUGUUCCGAAUUUCCUCAUGGGUAUCAUCAUUGGAGCCGGUAUUCAGGGAAUCUUCAUGCUGGUUUCUGGAUACUUCAGGCUUCCGAACGACAUCCCCAAACCUUUCUGGCGUUAUCCGAUGUCGUACAUCAGCUUCCACUUCUGGGCACUUCAGGGUCAAUACCAGAAUGAUCUGAAAGGCUUGCUCUUUGACAGCCAGUCACCUAGCUCUUUCAAGAUCCCGGGCGAAUACAUCCUGGAGAACGUCUUCCAGAUCAAUGUGCACCGAUCCAAAUGGGUAGACCUGAGCGUUAUAUUCAGCAUGAUCGCCAUCUACCGCAUCAUCUUCUUCAUCAUGAUCAAGGUUAAUGAGGAUGUCACGCCUUGGGUGAGAGGCUACAUCGCACGCAGAAGGAUGAAGCAGAAGAAUGGAACUCAGAACACCACCGUUGCACCAGACGGUCUUACCCAGUCUCCUUCUCUUAGAACCUACAUUGCCACUCGGUCCAAUGGAGCUUACAGACGGUAGAAAGAAAGGAAAAAACAUCCUCGGCAUGCUAUCUAAAAUACUUCAAAGCAUGGAUUUGUCCAAAAUAAUCAAUACAAUCUUCUUCUUUGAGUGAAAAAAAAAACUUAUGCAUUGCUAUAA